ACUUCAAAAGAAAUCGUCAAAUUUCACUUCCGAUUUCAUCCUUCCAUCCAAUAAAGAAAACUCGAUGGUAUUCGUAUAGUCGUAAAUUCACUUGCCUGAUCAAUAUAUACGAAUACUUUCAUUCUUUACUUCCUUGGCGUUGUACUAUUUGUGAAUUUUGUGGUGUUUAAAAGGAAUUUUCUUUUUGUUCUAAAUUUUAUUUGCAGCAAGCAAAUCGCAUAAGAAAAAAUUCUUACAGUCGAGACAGAGUGAAAAAACCUUUUCACAGAAAACUAUUUAUAACAACUUUCCUACAACAAGAACAACAAAAGCGCUUCGAGACUUCGAAUACAAUAGGCCUGGCCAAGAGGCCCGCAGGCAGGCAGGCAAACAGGCAAACAAGCAGACAGUCAGGCUGGGGGUAGUUAAAUUUCUGCUCCACUCACUGCGCUGAGCAACUUUAAAAGUUUACUGCACAACGUCCACCAGACUGCGUUUAAAAAGAAAUACAACCGAGAUAUAUUGACGAAAUACGAAAGCUUGUAAUAAGUGCAUACCCUCGUCACCCAAAUUCCAUAAAUUGAAACUGCAGCUAGUUAAAAUCUAUAUAUAUACUUUCUGAAUUGUAUUGCCUAAGUUGAAUUAAAAGGAUUAUAUAUGAAUAAUAUUGAACGUAUCAAUGUAACCAUAUCACCAACAUCAUCAUCAUCUUCAUCACCAUUCUCAUCUUCAUCUUCACCAUUAUCGCAGCCAGUUGCGACCACUUCACCAAAUGCACUGGCUUCAUUGAACUCAACCAUUUCAUCAGCGACAAUCAUAACGACGAUAACAGCAUCUCAAACAUCCACUACAUUCACCACAUUGCCGUCAGAUACAUUGACGCAAACAUUUUCACCAUCUACUUACAGCCAAGCUAACACACAAGUUCACCACAUUGAAACUCAACAGCCGCCGCAACCCAUACUGGUAGCUUCACCAACUCCACCACCAACGCCACCGCCAUCCAUAAUCGGCUCAUAUUCAUCGUCCUCGUCGUCAACGUCCACUUCAUCGUCACCCUCGCCCUGUUCGUCAUCCACCUCCUCCUCCACCUUUCCCGCCAAAUUGCCCAUUGAAAAGUUGAAGAAUCAAAAGACACAAACCCAAUUGACCCUCACAAAUUCCCUACUGCUCUCCUCCACAGCAUCCGUCGUUGCCGCAGCAAUCAAGCACCAGUCCCUUGUACGCUCUGUGACCGCCACCAGCAUAAUGGAUAUGCCCUUCAAUACGUCACCCUCGCUCCGCGUGCGUACCACCUCGCUCAAUCAACUCAAGAAAACGGCUGAUCUUGCCAUCGAGAAUGAAUUGCAUCUUUGUCCGAGCGUCAUGUCUGACGAAUUGCGUAAGCUACUACCGCCCACAUCAGAGACGGUGAUGACCAAACCCUUUCCAGUGCGUGGUGAACGCGCUAUAACCGAUGUUACUACACCGCACGUCAUCGCUAUGGUAGGCUUGCCGGCACGCGGCAAAACCUUCAUCUCGAAGAAACUGGCACGCUACUUGAACUGGAUUGGCAUAUCGACGCGCGUCUUCAACUUGGGCGAAUAUCGGCGUUGUGCCACGACCGCCUACAAGUCGCAUGAGUUCUUCCGUGCUGAUAAUGAAGCGGCAAUGGCUAUACGGUCACGUUGUGCCAGUCAGGCACUUCACGAUGCCUGCGAGUGGCUGUUAAGCGGCUUGGGCAGUGUCGCCGUCUUUGAUGCCACAAACUCGACAACCGAUCGUCGGCAGCUAAUCUACGAUACAGUGGUUAAGAAACAUAACUUCCGUUUGUUCUUUGUGGAAUCGAUCUGUGAUGAUCCGACUAUUAUUGAACAAAACAUUAAGGAGGUGAAGGUGAGCUCGCCCGACUACCUUAAUAUGAAUACGGAUCUGGUGGUGCGCGACUUUUUGCAACGCAUCGAACACUACGAAGAGCGCUACCAACCUAUUGAUGAGGACACUGAGUCACAUCUCAGCUUCCUGAAGAUCUAUAAUGCUGGCAAGAAAACCGUCGUCUACAACAACGAGGGGCAUGUGGAAUCCCGUAUCGUCUACUAUCUGAUGAAUACCCACAUAUCACCACGUACCAUCUAUUUGACGCGUCACGGUGAAAGUGAGCAUAAUUUGAAGGGACUAAUUGGUGGCGACUCGAAUUUGAGUGAACGCGGACGGCAGUACGCCAAAGCUUUGAAUGCCUUCAUCGAGCAGCAGCAUAUUGAUGGCUUGCGCGUGUGGACAUCGUGGAUGAAGCGUGCCAUACAAACGGUAGCGGAUGUGAAAGCACCACAGGAACGCUGGAAGGCAUUGAAUGAAAUAGACGCUGGCCAUUGUGAGGAGAUGACUUACGAGCAGAUCAGGGAGAAGUUCCCCGAGGAAUUCAAGGCACGCGACAUUAACAAGUUUGCCUACCGCUACCCACGCGGUGAGAGCUACGAGGAUUUGGUGGCACGUCUCGAGCCAGUUAUAAUGGAGCUGGAACGUCAAGGUAAUGUGUUGGUAGUUUCACAUCAAGCUGUGUUGCGCUGUUUGUUUGCCUACUUCCUGGAUAAGUCGGCCGACGAAUUGCCGUACUUGUUCGUGCCGCUGCACACGGUUAUUAAGUUGACGCCGGUAGCUUACGGCUGUAAGGUGGAGCACAUAAAGUUGCCCGUUGAUGCAGUCGACACACAUCGUCCGAAGCCGAAGAUACCCGGCGAUGUGUCCUUAGGUCUGGAUGGAUUGAGUGGCGACUUGGUGGCACCCGACGGCGUGGGUAAGGUUUUGAUAGUAGGUGACGAUGUCACCGCGGCAAAUGGCAGAACCAGAGUUAUAGGCAAUGGAUUGGCGGUGGUCAAGGAGGGCGUGGUUGUUGGCUCGAACGAUGAGGCUUCGAACAACAACGCCCACCUCUGACGGCAACCCGGAGCUCCACUAAAGCGAGGACUGCUGGCACAUCUCCCAAGAUUUAAUACAUUAUAAAUAACAUAAAUAGACAUAGCAUUCGAACUGAAGUUUUAAGUGAGGAUUAAGAUUGAAAUGUAAUCGAUAACUGGUGGUGAUUUUUGCACAGCCGCUUUUUUGUAUUAAAACUUUGGCAAAUAUGAUGGAGUUUUUUGAAACAAGUUUUUUAAUGGCACGAAAGUUUACUAUUUGCAACUUGGAUAUGACUGGACUCGAUUUUGUAAUAAUUUUAGCUAAAUGCAAAUAUAUAUACUGAUAUGUACUUAUUUAUGAAGGUAAUGUAGUUGUACGCGUUUGUGAGAUCUUUUUUCUUAUACGUAUUUACGGGCUAAACAGCCAACCAUACACACAUUAUACAUACGCUAUCGUAUAUAAUUUUUAUGUAAAACGUUAAGCGCUAAGAAUAUUUGCUAAUUUUAAACUUAAAUCUAUGUUAGUUCUUACCAAAAUUGUUGUAAUAAAUCAAAUAAUUUUCGAAAAUAUAUUUUUUGUUCAUUUU